GCCUUUUGAUGAGUUCUAUUAAAUACUUCACACUCUAAUACCAAAAGGCAAAAAUAUUCAUACUAGAAUCCCCUCUUUUCCCAAGUGUUUUCCUUUUCUUAUUACUUACCAAACAGUUCUAGUUCAAGUGCAAAAGUUCUACCAACUUGCUUACUUUACUACUGAAAAAGAUGAGCAAUGAAGUUCGUUCUUUGCAUGUAUUCUUCAUCCCUUUCUUGGCACAUGGCCAUAUCAUACCAACCAUUGACAUGGCCAAACUAUUUGCUGGAAAGGGUCUGAAGACCACAAUAAUCACCACACCCCUUAACGUACCUUUCAUCUCCAAAGCCAUCGGAAAAGCCGAAUCCGAAUCCAACGACAACAACGUGAUCCAUAUCGAAACCAUCGAGUUCCCUUAUGCAGAGGCUGGUUUACCUAAAGGCUGUGAAAACACCAACUCCAUCACUUCCAUGCAUUUAUACCCUGCGUUCUUCAAAGCACUUGGGUUACUACAACACCCCUUUGAGCAACUUUUGCUUCAGCAACACCCAAAUUGUGUUGUUGCUGAUGUUAUGUUCCCAUGGGCUACUAAUUCUUCAGCAAAAUUUGGAGUUCCUAGCCUUGUGUACGAUGGGACUAGUUUCUUCUCCAUAUGCGCCAACGAAUGCACGAGGCUCUACGAGCCUUACAAGAAUGUUUCUUCUGAUUCAGAACCCUUUGUGAUUCCCAACCUUCCCGGUGAGAUUACAAUGACAAGGAUGCAGGUGUCACCUCAUGUCAUGAGCAAUAAGGAAAGUCCCGCCGUGACCAAAUUGUUGGAGGAAGUGAAAGAAUCGGAGCUGAAAAGCUAUGGUAUGGUUGUUAAUAGCUUCUAUGAACUCGAGAAGGUUUAUGCAGAUCAUUUAAGGAACAAUCUUGGAAGAAAAGCAUGGCAUGUUGGUCCAAUGUUUCUUUUCAACAGGGUUAAAGAAGAAAAAGCACAUAGAGGAAUGGAUGCAUCUAUUAAUGAUGAGCAUGAGUGCUUAAAGUGGCUUGACACGAAGGAACCGAAUUCAGUUGUUUAUGUGUGCUUUGGAACUACAACAAAGUUAACUGAUUCUCAACUUGAGGAUAUUGCCAUUGGUCUAGAGGCUUCAGGGCAACAAUUCAUCUGGGUCGUGAGGAAAAGCGAAAAAGAUGGAGUUGAUCAAUGGCUACCUGAUGGAUUUGAGGAAAGGAUAGAAGGUAAGGGACUAAUCAUAAGAGGGUGGGCGCCUCAAGUGUUGAUUCUUGAACACGAAGCGAUUGGCGCGUUUGUGACGCAUUGCGGAUGGAAUUCAAUUUUGGAAGGAGUGGUUGCAGGGGUGCCUAUGGUGACUUGGCCUAUUGCUUAUGAGCAAUUUUUCAAUGAGAAGUUGGUGGCCGAGAUCCUCAAAAUUGGAGUACCUAUUGGAGCUAAGAAAUGGGCUGCAGGAGUUGGGGAUACUGUUAAGUGGGAGGCAGUGGAGAAGGCUGUGAAAAGGAUAAUGAUUGGGGAAGAAGCAGAAGAAAUGAGGAACAAAGCCAAGGGGUUUUCUCAACUAGCUAGACAAUCUGUGGAAGAAGGAGGAUCUUCUUACUCAGAUUUGGAUGCUUUAAUUGCAGAGUUGGGUUCACUCUCCUACUCAAAUGAGUAAUGUUAUAGUUACUUAUAUGUUUCUACUAUUCCUCCUAUUGCUCUAUAAAAUAAGUAUUAAAUAAAAAAGGAAAUGUAUUUGAUUUGUUUGAGCAUCUUUAAUGGAGAUGUUUUAAGUGAUGUGAGCUUAAUAAGAAUUUUGUAAGUGUGGGUGAAAUACCAAAUGUUUACAUAAGCACACUGCGCAUAUGCUAAAAUUGUUUGAA